CUGCUCAGAUUUCUCUCACUGGUGUGGUCCAAAGUCAUGGCAAAACACGAGAUGUUCUGAUCCAAGAAGCAGAAAGCAGAAUUUUGGUCGUGGAAAUACUAGACGGUCAGCAUCGUUUGGAGAGCAUAUUAGCUCUUGUGAAAGACUGCGAAAGCAGAUGGACAAUGGAUUCUCUUGUUAAGGUUGCCAUCUACGUGGACCUGGACGACAAUCGGUGCUUGUUCUUAUCGCGUGCACGUAAUACGGAAACAAGCGUCCACCGCGAGGAAACCGUAUUUGACACCCUUCGGUUGUUCCGAAAGAUUUGCUACAACGCACAAAACAUCCAGCAAGAAGCAGGUGACCUGCAGAAGACCAGCAAGCAAGUGCAGUCCGAUAACAAGAUGAUCAGCAAAGUUACUGGAAUUCCAUUAAAGACGCUGCAACAAUGUUCGUACAAAUUCAUCUACCAAUGCGCACAUCUCCCAGUGAAGACAUUUGCGGUUCUUAACCGAUUCAUGGUAAAAGCCGAUGCCGGAGAGAUAAAGCACAUUCCUAAAGAAAAAAAGUCGAGCAAAGGCAUGGAAAGCGAGAAAAAAGAAAUCGGACCUAUUAUUUUCCGAAGAAUAAAACUGGGCUUGAAGACCAGUGAAAUGAUUGAGCGGGCGUUUGAAGAAAUUAUUGCAGAAGGAGACUGGAACAAAAUUGAGAAAUACGUAAAAGAGGCAGCUGAGAUUCCUGCAGAAGAAGAUGCGGACGAUGCUAAAGACCCAGAUGAAACGCAGUCGGCUUCCAGCAAAAAACAUAAUCCUCAUAAAAGACUGAAAGGAUCUCCGCAACCUCCGGUCCCUUCGGAUAUGGCACCAGCCAAUUCAAGCGACGAUUUGGCUAGCGCACGUGCAGAAGCCGCGGCACUAAAGGAAAAGCUGGAUCACGCGCUUUCACAACUUGCAGCCGAACAAAUUGAUUGCCAGAAUUCUCGACUUGAAAAUUCAGAAUACCAGCGGGAAACUUGUUUGUUAAAGCUAGAACGAGCUCGACUGCACAACGUUGUGAAAACCCCCUGCAAGAACCUGAUGAUUUCGAAAAUGCUGAACGUGUAUUAUGGCGGAAAAGCGAACUCUUCUACUGGAAAGUUUGACACCAGCGAUUACGGUGUUCUUCAGCCAGGGGUUCUUGUAUACUCAAAAGUUGGACCUGCUCAAAUCGAUCCGGCUGACAUCUAUUAUGCGCCAGCCGAUGCAGUGGAAUCUGCGGAUCCAGCAACGUCUACUUUAAAGCUUAACGGAAAUUAUUUUACAGAUUUAUUGUGAACGGGUCUUCAGUUUAUUGAUGUUUCGUCGA